AUGUCCACCGAGGAUAUGAUCAAGGCCUUGGCUCAAAAUGUGACUACUAUGCAGUCCAACAUGGUGCAAUUUCAACAGGAGACAAGGUCUAGCAUUCACAAUUUGGAAACACAAGUGGGUCAAAUGUCUAGUGUCGUGAAUAAACUUGAGGCCCAAAGUUCGGGGAAGCUACCAUCUCAAACCGAGGUGAAUCCAAAGAAGAAUGUGAGUGCCAUGACUUUGAGGAGUGGCAAAGAGUUGGUGGAUCUAGAGCCUAGCAAGAGCAAGGUUAUGAAGGAGAUUGUAACAAAGGACGAGGAGGUAGAGGUUCUAGUCCCAUCAAAAGAAGUUGAGAAAUUGGUGAGUCCUAGCUCUCACCAAGAGGUAAAAUCUUUUCCGAAUUUCAAACCGGUACCCCCAUUUCCCGAAGCAUUAAAGGACAAUCAACUUGGUGAAUUGCUUCCUACUAAUGUUGUCAUACAAUUAGCGGAUCGGUCCACUUCCAUUCCUAGAGGUGUAUUGAAAGAUGUUCUAGUGGAAGUUGAUAAGAUGAUUUUUCCUGCUGAUUUUUAUGUAAUUAACAUGGAGCAUGAUAGGCAUUCCGCCCCUAUUCUUUUAGGGAGGCCGUUCUUGAAAACGGCUAAUGCUAGGAUCGAUUGUGGCACCGGUUCUUUGACCAUGCAGUUUGAUGGUCAAAACGUUGAGUUUAAAAUGCAUGAUGCCAUGGGAGGUAAAGAGGAUCACUCUAUCUAUUCUAUUGAUGUGGUUAAGCAGUGUUCAUGA